AGCUCCUUUCUACUAAAGCACCUCAACAGCAUCUUACAAAAGCGCGAAGGUAACCGGCCCUUCUUCAGAGACCUUCCAAGCAACGCUUUGACAAGAGUGUUUUUGGCUGAAGCGAGUUGUCGUCCUUUUUUUUUGUGUGUUGUUGUUUUUUUCCACUGUCCAUCACCUCAGACGUUUGUUUAUGUAUUUCACAAGCGUGUGUCCUCACCUGUGUCGCUCGUGUGUGUAGACUCCGUAACACGCCUUCUUUUGUCGUUCAUUUCUUCUCUUGUUUUGUUUUUCGCUGUUGUUAUUGUGUCUCCAGUCCAUCUCUUCGCUUUUCUUUCAUCGUGAGCUCACGGGGACGUCAUCUCUGUGGCUCUUUCAUAGUUCAUCACCUGCGCCUCUUUCCCUCUCUUUUACUGGUACUGUUGUUGAUUGAUUUCGUCGCUUUCCGUGCCCUUUACCCUUCCCUUUUCCAUUCUGUCUUUGCAUCCCGCCUCACAUAUAAAGAGAACAAAAAAGGACCAGAGCACAAAGCACCAAAAUGGCUUCCACCACCAAAGCCAAGUCCUCGUCGAGCAAGGGGCCCUCCAGCGGGCCCAGCAAGCACCGCACCAGCAGCGGAUCCCUCAAGAAAAGCAGCGGCUCCGGUCGACACAGCAGCGGCUCCGGCCGACACAGCAGCGGCAGUGGCAGCUCGAGGGACGACCGCUCCUCCGGCUCUUCUUCCUCGCACCACCACCACCACCAUCACCGCAGCUCCAGCGGCUCCUCGUUGAAGCGUGACUCCGCCAGGGCACCGACGACGCGGACAUCGGCAGCCGCGACGGCCCCGGUGAAGGCCGCGACGCCGGGCUCCGCGGUGCGGCCGGCUGGGGCGACGCGCGGCGUGCCGACGCCUGGUGCGGGUCCGGCGGCAACGGCCGGGGGAGCCCCCAACGCCUCCCGCGCGGCUCCGCCCCCUGCACAGAACUUCGCGGCAGCGGGAGGACCCCCCACCAACGGCCAGGCGGCGGCACCCCCGCCGGGCAUGCAGACGAACGGCGGCUCCAUGAUGGGUGGCAUGUACGGUCCAAAUGGCAACCCCAGCGCGUACAAGGGUGCCGGCGGCAACUACGGCAGCGGCUACGGCUCCAUGGGUGGCGCCGGUCCGCAGAACGCGCUGGGCGGCUACGGCUCGACCGGCCCAGGUGGCCCGAUGGCUGCCUACGGCUCCAUGGGAGGCGGUAGCGGCAUGGACGGCGGCUACGGGUCGAUGGGCCCGGGUGCGCAGGACGGUGCGGGAGCCGGGUACGGCUCCAUGGGCGGUGCCGGUGCUCAGGAGGGCAUGUCUGGCAUGGGCGGCUCCAUGUACGGUGGACAGAACGGCAUGGGGUCGCUGUACGGUGGCGGCGGCCAGGGCGCUGGCGGCGGCUUCGGAUCGAUGUAUGGCGGCGGAAUGGGUGGUAGUGGCUACGGCUCCAUGUACGGCCCCGGCGGCUCGAUGAUGGGCGGCCCAAUGGGGGGUUCGAUGUACGGCAUGGGUGGUCCGAUGGGCUCCAUGUACGGCAUGAAUCCGAUGAUGGGUGGGUCGAUGUACGGCAUGAAUCCCAUGAUGAUGGGCUCCAUGUACGGGAUGGGAUCCAUGUACGGCGGCGCGGUUGGCGGCUCCAUGUACAAUGGCGGCUAUCACAGCGUCGUCGAUGCCGCCUCCCGCCGCGACGACUUUCUGAACCGCAACGACCUCAUCCGUGCGGACGUGAAGCCGCUGAGCAGCGGCGGUGGCGGCGGCAAGAAGAGCGCCGCGAAGGAGGAUGAGAAGAAGGGCAAAGUGGACGAGAAGACCGCGUCUGGCAAAAGCCGCGACCUCAGCGCACCCGCCAGCAAAACUGAGGAGAAGAAAGACGCGGACAGGAAGGACACGGAGAGGAAGGGCUCCGACAAGUCGAAGGAUGGGGACAAGAAGGACGACAAGGACGGCGGCAAGAAGGAGGAAGAGAAGAAGGCGAAGGAGGAUGCCAAGACGGAGAAGAAGGAGAAGGAAGAGGCGGACGCGAAGAUCGCUGGCACGCACAUCCGCGGUCUGCUCCUGCUUCACAAGAGCGGCAAAGAAGCGAAGGUGAGCACCAAAGACAGAGACACCGUUGUGCUCGCCUCCGCCGAGACGAAGGUGGACGAAGCCAUCGUCGUCGAGGACCUGAAGAAGCCCAUCGAGUCCAUCUGCCUGACCGAGGUGCGCAACCAGUGGAUGUCCGGGCACAACGCCACCCUCAUGGUCGCCAGCGGCCCGAAGGAGCGGCAGAAGGCCAUCGACUUCACGAGCGAAUACCUCUCCACCUGCAUCGGUAAGCUCGCCUCCAUCGGCGAGUACUUCAACAUCUACGUGACCAUGACGGCCAUCCAGGGUGCGGAGCAGGGCCGCGACUUGCUGAAGGACGGCGCCGGCUACGAGGCGCUGGUGCUCGCCUCCUCGCCUGUGUACGGCCCGGCACUGAAUAACAUGACGGUGAAGGAGGUGAACACGAAGGACGCGAUGGCGGCGUGCCUGAAGGAGGGCAUCGAGCGCGCGAAGGACGAGAAGGAGAUGAUCUGUUGCUACCUUGUCCUGAAGCAGGUGCGCAAGAUCGGCUCAGCCGAGAUGGUGUAUUUGUCGUCCCUUAACGUCACCUUCGUCGGUCCGCACACGGAGCACCUGACGGGGCUGAAGGAAAAGAAGUCCUCCGAGCCGUGCCGCUUAUACCGCUACUCCGUCGGCGGCGGCAGUCAUUCCGUCUGCGUCGGCGUGGUCAGUGACGAUGAGGCGGAUGCGGGUAAGCUCAUCGAGACGGUGAAGGCGGUACGCUCGGUGGAGAACACCGAGCCGCGCAGCGGCAACGUCAAACGUUUCGUGGAGUACACCAAGAAGGAGAUCCCGAAAUGCAAGAGCAAGAUUAGCACCACCGAGGAGGAGAGCAAGAAGGCCAACUACGAGACGAUGCUGAAGCGGAUGGAGAUGAUGCUGAAGGACGCCGAGGAUCUCGAAAAGGAUCCGAAGACGGUUGCCCCGAAGGCUUACGUGUAA